AGUUGAUGGUGGUGUGAUAGGCUUCUCCUGGUAUUUCAACAGUUUUUUGCUUUUUUCAGUAGACAUGAAGAAGAGAGUGAUGGUCAGUGACAAAUACUACUAGUUUAGUAACCAAAACAAGAUCAAAAUUUAACAGCUCUCAAUACAGCGUAAUGGAUAUUAGCAAGUUGUCUCAGUUUCAGGUGGCUCAGAUGGAGGCGAUUCUAGGGCCUGAAUUGGAGCCAUUUGAAAACUUCAUUUCCGAUUACAUGGAGAGCUCCUCCGAGGAAGACGUUUUAGGGCCUGAAUCGGAGUCGGAGUCGGAGAACUUCAUUUCCAAUAACGCGGAGAGCUCCUCCGAGGAAGACGUUUUAGGGCCUGAAUUGGAGUCGGAGAACUUCAUUUCCGAUAAUGCGGAGAGCUCCUCCGAGGAAGACGAUUCAAUGUUCAACUUGAUCAAGCACAAUCAUCCUGAAUCCCUGGCUAUUAAGCUUUCUGGCUUUCUAAGCUCUCAUUCCCAUGACGUUGACUUCCGUGAUAACUGCAUUUGCACCCUUUACGAUUUGCUUUGUCUUGAUGAGGGCCAUACUUGGAACAAACUAAGCGUGUCAACUCAAUCCACCAUCAAGUCUAUCCUUGUUGAUAGUAUAAAGUUUGAAGAACCAAAAUCCAUCAUCAAGAAUCUAUGCGACACCAUUUCCGACCUAUGUGACAUAUUUCUACCAUCUGAUGAUAACUGGCCUGAAUUGUUGCCCUUCUUACGCCAAUGUAUUACUUCCAAUUCAAACAAGUUAAGAGACUCUUUUUUCUUAAUCUUUGCCAGGUUCUCCAAAAGCGUUUGCGAAAGAUUAGUCCCUGACAUGAAGAUCUCAUACCCAGUCUUCCUAAAUACACUGAAUGAUGAUACCCCCGAUCCUCAAGUGAGGAUCGCGGUCCUGACCACUGCGGUCAGGUUCAUUCUGUACCUCCCGAGUUCAAAUGAAAGGAAGUGGUUUCAGAAUCUAUUGCCAGCUAUGCUGAGGUCGCUGACUGACGCAGUGCGCGAUGGUGAUCAAGAUGAUGCAGCUCAGAAAAUGCUGAAUAUUUUUAUUGAGUUGGCGGAGAAUGAUCCGAGGUUCUGCAGGAGGCAGCUAGUGGAUGUAGUGCAUGACAUGUUUGAGAUAGCAGAGGCUAAUAGUUCGGCAGAGGAGACAAAGCACUUGGCAGUUGAGUUCUUGUUAACUUUGGUUGAGGCGAAGAAAAAGGCACCAGGGAUGAUGAAGAAGUUACGGUCCUUUACAAACGAUUGCUUUACAAUGAUUUUGAACAUGCUACUGGAUAUUGAGGAUGAACCUAGCUGGUAUAGCAUGGACACCAAGAAUUCGCAUGCAGGGGAAACAGAGAACUACAGUUUUGGUCAGAAGUGUUUAGACCGUUUUUCUAUUGCAUUAGGUGGCCAGACUAUUGCUCCUAUUGCCAUGGAGCAGCUGGAUGCUUACUUUGUUGCCCCUGAGUGGGAGAAGCGCCAUGCAGCUCUCAGGGCACUUACUCAGAUAGCUGAAGGAAGCUCAAAGGUGAUGAUAAAGUAUUUGGAGCAAAUAGUAAAAGCGGUUCUCCAUUCUUUCCAAGAUCCUCAUCCUCGAGUAAGAUGGGCUGCGAGUCGUGCAAUUGACCAGUUGGCUAUUGACUUCUAUCCGGAUUUACAAGAACAAUACCACAACCAAGUAGUGCCUGCAAUAGUUGCAGCUAUGGAUGAUAUUCCUCGAGUACAGGUAGCUGCAGCUUGGGCUCUUUCAGAAUUCUAUGAUUCUCAAAAGGCAGAAACUUUGAUACCUCACUUGGAUCGAACACUCAACAAACUAAUUGAACUUCUUGAGACUGACAAUCAAAUGGUUCAAAAAGCAGCAAUGCGGGCACUGAUUGAAGUAGCUGAUGUAUCUAAGAAGGAGCACUUCCUAAAGUUCUAUGAUUUUGUAAUGCCAUAUUUGAAAAAUGUCCUGGUAAAUGCAAAUGAUAAAUGUAAUCAAGAGCUUCGAAGCAGCGCGUUGCUGUGCAUAAGCUAUGUUGGAUUGGCUGUAGGCAAAGAGAAAUUCAGAGAUGACAUAGAGCAGGUCAUGGAAAUGCUCAAGUCAUUACAGGAAUUACAAGAGUCUGAUUCUAUUAUUUACAUUCUAAAGGCAUGCUACGCAAUUUGCAAGUGCAUGGGUAAGGAAUUUCUUCCUUACAUGAGUACUGUCAUGCCACCUUUGGUUGAAUAUGCUCAACUUGAGCUCGAUACAGAUUUAGAUGAAUCAGAUGAUGAUAGUAUACAUGAAGUCAAGUUUGGGGAUAAAAUAAUAAGCAUCAAAAGAAGUGACCUACUAGAGGCAAAAUCUACAGCCUGUAGCGUCAUCGAUUUAUUUGCUGAGGAAUUGGAGGAAGCGUUCUACCCCUGGAUUACCCAGGUUGCUUCAAUUUUAGUUCCGCUUCUGCAAUUCUGUAUCGAUGAUCAUGUCAGGAAAUAUGCUAUUUAUGCAAUGCCAUCCCUGUUGCGUUCUGCUAACCUGGCGGAAGAGAAAGGGGCUGCUCAAGGUGGAAUCCAGUUGGACUUCAAGCAGUUGUCUGGCGAGAUAAUACUGGCUAUGGGGGACGCUUUAUAUUUGGAGCGUGAGACAAACAUAUGUGCAAUUAUUUUGAGUGAAUUGGAUGAAUGCCUAGAGAUAUGUGGACCACUUCUCAAUGAAGAUCAGGUUCGUAGCAUCAUUGAUGUGAUAAAUCAUGUCAUUAGAGAGAGUUCACUUAGAAAAGGAGAACUCAUAGACGCAGCAAAAUUAGAAGACUUUGAUGCUGAGGUAGCUGAUUUGCUGAGGGAGGAAAGAGAGGAAGAAGAAGAAGUUUUCAGCAAUGUUGUUGACAUAUUGAUAACAUUGAUCAAAACAUUCAAGGAUGCUUUCUUGCCAUUCCAUGGUGAGCUUCCACCAGAUGUAAUGCCUACGAGGGGCAAAGAUGAAACAACCCAAGAGAGAGGAAAGCGUAUUUAUAUCUUUAGUGCCCUCGUGGAGCAUUGUGGCGAAGUAGCUCUAAAGUACUAUAAUUUAUAUCUUCCUUUUCUCUUGGACGCAAGCAACGACGACAACCCAUAUGUUAGAGAGGCUGCAGUUUAUGGACUUAGGCUUUGUGCUGAAUAUUGCGAUUAUGCUUUCAAACCGUUUAUUGGAGAGGCUCUUUCAAGGAUCAAUGUAGUCAUUACUCAUUCCAAUGCUCUUGAACCUGAGAACGUAAAGGCAUAUGAUAAUGCUGUUUCUGCACUUGGUAAAAUAUGCCAAUUUCAUCGGGAAAAUAUCGACUCAGUGCAGAUUAUUCCGGCUUGGCUGAAUUGUCUGCCUAUAAAAGAUGACGUGUAUGAAGCCAAAGCGGUUCUAGACCAGCUCUGUUCAAUGGUUGAAAGAUCAGACGCAGAUUUAUUGGGCCCCAACUAUCUGCACCUUCCAAAGAUUAUUUCAGUGUUUACAGAGGUUCUAUGUGCUGGAGGGGAUCUUGUUACAGAAGAAACUGCAAAUCGCAUGAUUCAUCUGUUGAGACAUUUUAAGGAAACACUGCCACCAGCCACGUUGGCAUCAGCACGAGCAUUGUUAUUGCCUCAGCAGGAGAUGGAAUUGAAAUCCAUUUUAUCACCUGAGGAAGAUGUUAACGUUUCAGCCGAUGCAAUGAAACUACUAGUGCUGUGAACUUGUGGGGAUCAAACAUUUUGUUGGUCAAAUGUGUAAGGUUCGGGGUUAGCUAUGGAGACCGACUCUUGCGAAAGUUUGGCUCUAGUCAAUUUCUUUCACUGUAAAUUGUUGUUAUCAAAGUUCGACUCUUGCCACUACCUUGACCAAUUCCCUCCCCCACCCGCUCGCAGUGUAAUAAACUCGGUGUAAAAGCGCAUAAAGAAAAUUGUGCCAUGGGAUAGCGUCUGUAUUCCCAAUAAAUUAUUUUGAGAGUUAGUUAUAGGAAGGGAACGAUGACCAUGUGUACUAUUAAGUUCUAAACUAUUUAUAUAUCUGUUUAGAUUUGCAGCAUAUAUGUAAUGCCAACUUUUUAAAGGUAACAGACAUAAUCCCAAUAUUCAACUACUUCACUAA